UCGCAGGUCUACAGGAAACUGCUCCUGGUGCUCAAGACGCUCCACUCGCACCUCCUCGACGUUGCCAUCGGCAACAAGAAGCUCUCGGCUAUCUUAGGGGAGAUGAUCUGGGAGGAAAUCUCUCAGUGCAUCAUCCACGAGUGUCUCCUCUACUCCAUCCCGACCAACAGCAGCCAGCAGAAAUACAACACCGUGAUUAAGGAAACGGAGGAGUUUGAGAAGUCUCUAAAGAAGAUGGAGUAUCUGAAAGGCGACUCCACAGAUCUGCUCAAAUACGCGAGAGACGUCAACUGUCACUUCGCCAGCAAGAAGUGCAAAGAUGUCAUCGUGGCGGCUCGUAAACUCAUGACUUCUAAAAUGCACAACACGGUUAAAAUCACACCAGACUCCAAGCUGCGUCUCCCCAAGCUGCCUGCUCCGUCUUCAGAGGUGCUGAAGGUGAAGCAGGAGACCAUAAAGGCCGAGACGACGAUGGAGAACGCCAAGCAGCUGUCGGCGUGGAGCCUGCGUCUGCCAGCCUGUCGCAUCAGUGAGUCAGUGCAGCAGCUGAUGGAGCUGGCUCUCAACACGCUGUGUGAGGCCGUCGGCAGCUCCACACAAUGUGCGUUACAGCUCUUCUUCACGGUGAGAAACAUGUUCCAGCUGUUCUACGAUGUCGUGCCGACGUACCACAAGGAGAACCUGCUGAAGUUUCCUCACCUGGCUGCCAUCCAGCACAAUAACUGCAUGUACCUGGCUCACCACCUGCUCACCCUCGGCCACCACUUCAGAGCAGACCUGCCGCACCCGCUCAGCGAGGGCAUCGCAACGUUUGUCGACAUGGUGCCUGGAUUCAGGAAACUGGGUGCUCAGUGCUUCUUAGCUCAGCUGAACGUCCAGAGAGCCGAACUGCUAGAGAGACUUUCCACCGCUCACAACUUCUGUAACCUGGACGACGAAGACAACUACAUCGCAGCGAGCAAAGCAGUGAGACAGGUCAUCCAUCAGCUGAAGCAGCUGGGGACGGUGUGGCAGGACGUUCUUCCUGUUAGCAUCUACUGCAAAGCGAUGGGAAACCUGCUCAACACGGCCAUCGCUGAAAUGAUCUCCAAGAUUAUGAUGCUAGAGGAUAUUUCCUCCGAGGAUGGAGAGCACCUCCACACACUGUGUCAGACCAUCAUCGAAGAAGGUCCGCUGGUCUUCAUCCCUCUGGCCGAAGAGAACAAGAACAGGAAGUAUCAGGAGGAAGUUCCCGUCUACGUGAAGAAGUGGAGCUCCUUCAAAGAGCUGGUCAUCGUGCUGAGGGCAAACCUGCAGGAGAUCGUCGACAGGUGGGCCGACGGCAAAGGUCCGCUGGCGUCCGAGUUCUCCAGCUCGGAGGUGAAGAGCCUGAUCCGAGCCUUGUUUCAGAACACGGAGAGGAGAGCUGUAGCUUUGACUAAAAUCAAAUAAAAAUAAAAAAAAAACUCCCAUAAGUAAAAAUAAAAACCACCACCAAAAAAAAAAAACCCAAACUGCAGCACUUUUUCCUCCGAGAGGGGAAAAUAUAUAAUGUUUUC